AUGGCCGACCAAGGAGCAGCCGCACCCCCAGUAACUACCAUCGUUCCCUUCAACAACCAGCAAAUCCUUCCAGCCUGUGCCGCCGCCUGUGGUCCUCUCUACGAUGCCAACGGCGCCUGUGUUCCACCCCAAGUAGCCGCUGAUGCUGGCCCAAAGGCCUAUACAUCAUGCUUCUGUCUCGACCAGCGAGUCGCCGCUUUCAAGACCGCGACCCAAGGUGUUUGUGAUGAUGCAUGUGGUGCAGAGGGUCUUUCCUCGAUCGCCGGCUGGUUUCGCAGCAUGUGUGGUACCGCGACCAAGACGAAUGGAGGAUCGACACAACAAACUGGACAGGGUUCAACAGCUUCGACGGCCGGAGAUUCUUCAUCGACCUCUGGUUCAAGGGUUUCUAACGAGGGCGGUGGUGAUUGGAUCUCAAACCAUUGGCAGUGGGUCAUCAUGAUUGUUGUUCUCGUUGUCGGCAUCACCGCCAUCUGGGUCGGUGCCUGCAUCUGGCGUCGCCGCUACCUUAAGAAGAAGGACCGCCAAUCCCAUCUUAUUCAAAAGCAUUCCGGUUCCGCCUCGCGACCAUCUUGGGGUCCCGGUAUGGAGGCCUCUGAGGGUGGCAUACCCUACGACGACGAAUCGAACCGAAAUUCGCACGGCCUCAUGCUUGCCGGUGCCGCCGCCGCUGGUACUGUCGAAGAGGAGCCAAAGGAGAAGAAGCGAUGGAUCGUCCGCGACCGAACAUGA